AUGCUGGUGGUAUCCUCGACCAAGUCUGAGGCCAUCAACAACGUUGACCAAAUGUUCAACGAUUUCUACUUUUCGGCGACUCACGGCUACUUUGUGCUGGGAUUGUUGCUGCUUAUAUGCUUCAUUGCUUUUGCCUUUUGGAUGAGGACUGGUGCUCCCAUUCUGUGGUUUACUCGUUCCAAAUGGCCCAAGAGGAUACAGUGGGAGCUCUCCUUGCCAAGAUCCCACAAUAGAGUUACCCGCUUCCUAGUCCCCAGCGGGUACACCUUUUGUGUAGCAGCAGUAGGGGCCCAGUCCGUGGUGUCGGGCAAAGUGCUAUCACUCAUCGUGACCCAGGCUUUCGGUGGCCAAGUUUCACAGCUGUACCAGGGUAGAACAUUCCUAGUGCUCUUCGCAUGGCUUUUCGCGGCUGUUUUCUGGGUAAUUCAUCUCAACCGAGCGCUGAGAAUAUUCCCGGGAGCAUUCCUGGUACCACUAACGCAAGUUUGUUGGACCCUUUCUACCAUGCUAUCUGGUGGUAUUGUAUUUAAAGAAUUUGUGGCUAUGCAAUCGUGGCAGUUGGGUGUAUUCUUCAGCGGUACUGGAGUCCUCUUCUUUGGAGUGUUCCUCCUUAGUCCGAGGACCACUGAGGAUGAUCAGGAGGCAGCUGCAAGACGACGAAGCUCUAUUGUUAGUAGUCAGAAUCUAGUCACUCGCAGCGAGGCAGGUCUCAGUACAGUGAGUAUUCCCGGCACUCCUGUUAGCGGCAACAACCUUAGCCUCCCUCAACACGGAGGCAACCUGUCUCCUGUCUCGCGGCACCCUGUGCGCUCCCCCAGGCGAGUCGGUAGGAUGAGCUCUGACGCUACUGUUGCCGCUGAUGGCGAGUUUACUUAUCAUACUUCGAGUCUAUCCCCACCAGCGAGACGUAGGACUUCCGCUGUACGGUCUAACUCGAUAUCAGAAGGCUGCGGCCCGGCUUUAGUAAGGUAUGAUAAUGAUGACCCAGCCGCCCCACCACCUCCACCUUCUCUAAGUGGCUUGAGGAGUCCUGGUGGGACCAACGUCACGAGGCAGCGCACUCUCACCAGAAUUAUGUCGGCAAUGACUGUUGAUGCUGCAGCGGAAAUUCGUCGGGAAGAGGGAGCUGAUCUCGGCGGGUUCGUCAUAGAGCCCAGGGAGGAACAUCAUCACCAUCACCAUCCUCCUCAUAAGGGGGAGUCGACCCGGUCGAUCGAAGAGAGCGGUCGGGAGGAGUCGACAGCAGCUGAGCCGGCUAAUGAUGCUGAGCUCGAAAGAAGACGUUCUUUCCGACUGACGUCGGUCUCAGUGAGGACCAGCCCUGGUGACUUGGAUCACACUUUCCCCGACCCACCUUACUUGAGACUGAGCAAGUGGUGGACUCGCAAGAAAAGGCAGAGAGCUGAGAAGAGGCGGUUGGAGAGGAGGACUCGGCAGAGAGAAAGUCGAAAUGGUGACAAUAAAGCGUCACGAUCGACUGAUACUCCCCGCGAUUCUGGUGACCAAGGAGAUGACUUCACGUCUGUUAUCAGUGAGAGCAACAACGACUUGGAAAGUGGUCUCAGAGGAGGACGUUAAAAGUCUUAUAUAGUCGAGGACUGGUGCUCAAGCU